AUGGCUGAGAUAAGAAGCUUUUCUGAGACAAAAUAUUUUGUUGAGACAGAAAAUAUUGUUGAGACAGGAGGUCUUGUAGCAGGUGGCAUUGUUGAGAUAAAAGAUACUGUUGAGGUAGAGGAUUUUGUUGAGGUGGGAGGUCUUGUUGAGGUGGAAAGUCUUGUUGUGGUGGGAGAACUUGUUGAGGUAGAAAAACUUGUUGAAGCAGGAGGUCUUGUUGAGGUGAGAGAACUUGUUGAGGCAGGAGUACUUGUUGAGGCGGAAG